UGGGUCACUUCCGGGAUGGCUUCGGCUGUCUGUUUUGCUAGCAUGAACGCUGAGGUUUUCCGUGUGCAAUAGGCAAAAGGAGAAGAAAAAAAGAAAGCGGUAGAUGAGGCCCUCCGACGCGGAAGUGAAAUGAUAACAUGAAGCUGCUCCUGUAACUGCACCGUGCAUCUUUUUCCUGCCUUGCAAUGCCGUCUGAACGCGUCUUCGCCCUGCCGAGGCAGCAAUCACUGCUCCUGCCUGCUGUCAUCAACCCUUUUGUGCAGGACACCAAACUGUCCAAGGCCACCAUAAUCAAAUGUGUCCUCCAGGGAAUCAUCCUGGUUCCUCUCCGAGCUAUCCUCAUCUCAUUGGUCCUCAUGGUGACCUGGCCAGUGGCUGUCAUCAUCACCUUCAAGCAUCCUCUGAAGGGAGCAGUGGCACCAAUGACAGGAUGGAGAAGGCUGAUGUGUCAGAGCGUGAUGGCCGCCCUGGGGAGAGCCUACUAUUUUUGCAUGGGCUUCCGGGUGGUCGUGAAGGGCAAACAAGUGGGCAGCGCUGAGGCCCCCAUUCUGGCUGUGGCCCCCCACUCCACUUUCUUCGAUGGCAUAGUGUGCAUCAUGGCGGGCCUGCCUUCCACUGUGUCCCGUGUGGAGAACCUGGCCACGCCCAUAUUUGGCAGGUUCGUACGCUGCCUCCAGCCAGUACUGGUGUCCAGAAAAGACCCUGACUCAAGGAGGAACACCAUCCAAGAGAUUGUUGGCAGAGCCAAAUCAGGAGGUCUCUGGCCGCAGGUUUUGAUAUUUCCUGAGGGGACGUGUACAAAUCGUUCGUGUCUCAUCACAUUUAAACUAGGUGCCUUUAUUCCAGGUGUACCCGUGCAGCCCAUCAUUCUGAGAUAUCCGAAUAAAAUAGACACAGUAACAUGGACUUGGCAGGGUUUCAGUUCGAGGACAUUGCUACUUCUAACACUGUGUCAGCUGUACACCACGGUGGAGAUCGAGUUUCUGCCUCCUCACAUUCCCACGGAAGAAGAGAAAAAAAGCCCUGCUUUGCUCGCCAGCAAAGUGAGAGACAUCAUGGCCAAGGCUUUGGGCGUUCCCGUGACGGACCACACCUACGAGGACUGCCGUCUGAUGAUCUCGGCCGGCGAGUUGACGCUGCCAAUGGAAGCCGGCCUGGUUGAAUUCACCAAAAUCAGUCGAAAACUCAAUAUCAAAUGGGACAACGUGAGGAAAGAAUUGGACAGUUUUGCUGCCAUGGCCACUUCCUGUAAAGGCGGACGCAUCACUAUCAAGGAGUUUGCCAGCUUUCUAAAGCUCCCCAUUAACCCUGCCCUGAAGGAACUCUUUGCGCUCUUUGACCGGAAUGGCGAUGGCACCAUAGAUUUCAGAGAAUAUGUCAUCGGCGUGACCAUCUUGUGUCGACCUGCUAACACUGACGAAGUGCUCCGUAUGGCUUUCCGGCUGUUUGACACUGACGAGGAUGAGAAAAUCACCCGGGAGGAGUUCACGGCACUGCUGCGCUCCGCUUUGGGCGUGUCUGAUCUCAACAUGGUCAAACUUUUCAAGGAAAUUGACGCCGACGCCUCGGGGUUUAUCACAUUCAGUGAAUUUCAAAGCUUUGCCACAAGCCACCCGGAGUACGCCAAGCUCUUUACCACCUAUCUGGAGCUUCAGAGGUAUCAGGCAAUCCAGGAGGCCACGCCGGGCGAGCUGGAGCUGAGCGGUGCGGGAGAGAAUCAGGAAGACAGCAUCUCGGACAAGAAGGACGACUAACCCAAUUUGUGGUCCGCUCCUUUUGGUCGCAAGAACCACGUCGCAGGUCAUGUCGCUUGCUUUUUUUUAAUGGACAUUUUUAAAACGCUUUUCUUUUCAGUCUUAGUAGUGCCUUGGAGGGCAGACACUAAUUCCAUGCGUUUUGGAGCACCUGUCAAAAAUGUGUUUGGUCACAACACUCCCCCUUUUCUUGUACUUGCUUUGUUUUGUCCUUGAAUUUCUUAGGGCACAAAAAGUGGCAGAGACAAGAAGUUAAGUCACCAGUAGACAGACAAAAAAAUGUCUCAAGAACAAAAUCCUGAAAAGACACAGAAAGUGAACCAUGCUGGUUUGAAGCCAGUAUUUUAGCUAUCUUGGCCAUUUUUCUUCCCACUGUUUGCUACCAAACUAAGCAAAACUGAGGUUUGUUUUCAGCCUUUAGCCUACUUUACUUCGAAACCUGAAAUUUGGUACUGCGACUUUUACUCGAAUAAGGAACCAAUAUAAAUAUAGAAAAGAUUUUGAUUUGAAUAAUUGUAUCUAAUAAUUUGAUAAGCAAAUUCAAAAUAAUUAUUACAAAUAAAAUAAAUCCAUUUGUUGUGUUCACCCUCAAAAGACAACAAAUAAAAAAAAAAAUCAGUGUUUGGUGUUUUUAACUGUUAAUUAUUGUGCUUUGGCUUGCUCUGUGCAUUAUUCCUUGUGUGCUUUCCACCUUAUGUGACUUUCUUUUGAAUUUACCGUGCCCACACCUUCCUUUGUUUUACAUAGAGGCAAAGGGUUUCAGUGUAAUUAGUCUACACGAAGCUUUAUUAGAUUUUCAAGCUAGCAGAUGUUGUAUGUGUGUACUCAGGGACAGGGACCUUUGUAAGACAGCUGUAUAAUUAGCCAGAGCUUUUGCUUUGCAUGUUCUGUUUAUUUGCAUCCCCGCUCGACUUGCUGAGACAGCACUAAGUCAACUCCAGCGCAAAUAAAAUAGGGCAAUUUGUGAGCAAAAAGCCAAGGAGUGUAUUCCACAGGGCGUUCACACGAACAAACAGUUGUGUUUUCUGUUGUUUUGUCGACUUUGCAAAUUUUGAAAGUAAAACAAGAAUAUUUGUGUAAUUAAUGUUUUGCACACAAAAAACUUUUGUAAUGAGGCACACAUUGACUUAAUGAGCUCUGUCAUUCAACGAGUUACCACACGGUGGCAGCAGUCAUCUCGCUUGGUUUUCUUUAUAUUUGUAGAGCCCUCUUCAAACAUGAUAUUACUGUACUCCGAAAGACACGAUCUUCAUUUCAAUGUUACAACAAAUGUUUAUAUUGUGAACACAUGAAAAUGUGCAAUUGUGACAUUUCAUUGUGAUUGUACUAAAAAUAAAAACAUUGAACGAG